CCAAGAUCGGAUAAUCCGAUGAAGUCGGCGGAAGUGUCCCUCGCGCCGAUCCAUGUCGUGCUGUGGGCGAUCUACCCACUGGUGUUCCUCACAAUCCUAGAGUCGCUCUCCUACGGCCUCCUUGUGCCCGUGCUCCCUAUAGCUACCACCGAGUACUUCGCCAAGAAGCACAACAACGGAAUUCCCAUCGACUGCGUCAAGUUCAGCAAUGCAACUGCAUGUGUCCAAGGAUCGGCGGAGGCUAAUCUGUGGUCCAGUGCUACGUCGUCCCUCGGGUCUUUGGUCAGCUUCAUCCUCACGCCCCUCAUGGGGCAAGGCUCGGAUAUCUAUGGCCGCAAGCCGUUCUUGGUUGCAGCUCAAGUGCUGCAUGUGGUUUACCCUUUUACGAUCAUGCUGUUCACCGUUUUCAAUCACAACAUCCUCGUCUACUUCAUCGUCAAGUUCGUCUACAAUUCUUUCCUGACCGGAUCUGUCGUCGCUGCAUCAGUAGCCGACACAAUAUCCCCCGAAAACCGCACAACUGCGUACGGUGGUCUCUUUGCGAUCCAAUCCGUGUUCUUCUCCCUCGCGAUUGCACUCACCGAGCAUUUCAACACGUACAUGAUCCUCCUCCUUUCCUGCGGCUUCUACAUCCUUCGCGUGCUAUGGUGUGUUUUCGUGUACAAGGAGACCCUGUCCAUGUCGUGCCGAGCCCCGUCAUACACUGGAAUCAACCCGUUCCGCGCCAUGACGAUCCUGCUCAAGACAAGUCUCUUCCGCCGCCUCAGCAUCGUCAUCGCGCUCUCGACCUUUGUCAGCGCUGGCCUCAUGUCGUUUCGGCUCUACUUUUUCAACACUGAGCUCGGGUUCAACAAGAAUGACAACGCAGCAUUCCUCCUUGUCGUGGGCGUCGCUUCGAUGCUCUCACAGGGCCUGUUCCUCCACCCGCUCAUCCGGUUCGUCCGUGAACGAGGGGUCGUUGUGAUCUCGAUGGCAUCCUAUGCAGUCAUGAGCGGUCUCUACCUCGUUGUCCUCUCGACUCGAUCCAAGGUUGUCGUGUUCAUCGUUGCGGCCUGCUCUGGCUUUGGGGACAUUGGGUUUGCCGCCAUUUCUUCGCUCAAGUCGACGCACGUUUCUGAACAGGAACAAGGACGUGUACAAGGAGCUCUGUACGCCGUGCGAGCCCUCGCCUCCGCCACUGGCCCGCUCGCGUACUCGGCGCUGUACUCUGCCAGUCAGGGUGGGAGCGUUGCAAGUGAAAGCUCUCCGUUCAUCCUGUCACUGGCGCUGUAUGUGGUUGCGACGGGAGUGUCGUGCCUCCUGUCAAAGUCGAGUAGUGACCGCAGUGACCAUAGAAUCUCAGCUGCCGCGUUGGAUGUGUCUGUGGAUUCUCCUCACCACGGCCCCAUGGCGCCAUUGCUCAGCUCCGAAGAUAUCGAGGACGACUCUGGCGACAUUUAGCACAGUUAUUUUGGGGCCGGUAGCCCCGUCUGAAUAAACACAUCUCGAUCUAAACUCAUUCCUCGAUGCGA